CUCCCGGCGGGCGGCGCUAGGGGCAAUGUGGAGUCCGGCUCGGCACUCCACAGUUCGGCUCCCCGCGGCGCCGGAACCCAGCGCUGAGAACCAGGAAGCGCCUGGGGGCCUGCGCGGGGAGGCCGGGAUGGCUGGGCCCGGCUGGGGCCCCCCGCGGCUGGAUGGUUUCAUUCUCACCGAGCGCCUGGGCAGUGGAACAUACGCCACGGUGUACAAGGCCUACGCCAAGAAGGACACCCGCGAGGUGGUAGCCAUAAAGUGUGUGGCCAAGAAAAGUCUGAACAAGGCCUCCGUGGAAAAUCUCCUGACAGAGAUUGAGAUCCUCAAGGGCAUUCGACACCCCCACAUCGUACAGCUGAAAGACUUCCAGUGGGAUGGUGACAACAUCUACCUCAUCAUGGAGUUUUGCGCAGGUGGCGACCUUUCUCGCUUCAUCCAUACCCGCAGGAUUCUGCCUGAGAAGGUGGCUCGUGUCUUCAUGCAGCAAUUAGCUAGUGCCCUGCAGUUCCUGCAUGAACGGAACAUCUCUCACCUGGAUCUGAAGCCACAGAACAUUCUGCUGAGCUCCUUGGAAAAGCCCCACCUCAAACUGGCAGACUUCGGCUUUGCGCAGCACAUGUCCCCAUGGGACGAGAAGCAUGUGCUCCGAGGCUCCCCCCUCUACAUGGCCCCAGAGAUGGUGUGUCAGCGGCAGUACGAUGCCCGUGUGGACCUCUGGUCUGUAGGGGUCAUACUGUAUGAAGCCCUUUUUGGGCAGCCCCCCUUUGCCUCCAGGUCGUUCUCGGAGCUGGAAGAGAAGAUCCGUAGCAACCGGGCUAUCGAGCUCCCCCUGCGGCCCCCACUCUCCCGUGAUUGCCGGGACCUGCUGCAGCGGCUCCUGGAGCGGGACCCUGGCCGCCGCAUCUCCUUCCAGGACUUCUUUGCCCAUCCCUGGGUAGACCUGGAGCAUAUGCCCAGCAGGGAGAGUCUGGCACGAGCGACUGCCCUGGUGGUGCAAGCCGUGAAGAAGGACCAGGAGGGGGAUGCGGCAGCUGCCUUAUCUCUUUACUGCAAGGCUCUGGACUUCUUAGUGCCUGCCCUGCACUAUGAAGUAGAUGCCCAACAGAAAGAAGCAAUUAAGGCAAAGGUGGGGCAGUACAUGUCCCGGGCUGAGGAGCUCAAAGUCAUCAUCUCAUCCUCUAAUCAGGCCCUGCUGAGACAGGGAACCUGUGCCCGAGACUUGCUCAGAGAGAUGGCCCGGGACAAGCCACGCCUCCUGGCUGCUCUGGAAGUGGCUUCAGCUGCCAUGGCCAAGGAGGAGGAAGCUGGCGGGGAGCAGGAUGCCCUGGACCUGUACCAGCAGAGUCUGGGGGAGUUGCUACUGCUGCUGGCAGCGGAGCCCCCAGGCAGGAGGCGGGAGCUGCUUCACACUGAGGUUCAGAACCUCAUGGCACGAGCUGAAUACCUGAAGGAGCAGGUCAAGAUGAGGGAGUCUCACUGGGAAGCAGAGACCCUGGACAAAGAGGGGCUGUCGGAGUCGGUUCGUAGCUCUUGCACCCUGCAGUGACCCCAGAAGGAUGAUUGGACAGACCGUGGACCACCUGGA